ACUUCUAAAUAUUUACCUGACACCCAAACUACUUCAAUUUGCAAGUUUGACCGUUGGUGUAAGUAGAAUGUCCUAGAAUGCCACCAAGAUUAUUUUACAACUCCGAGGAUAUCACCAUCAGCAAUCAGGAAAAAGAAUGGGUGGUGUGCAAGCACUUUGGAACAAUAUCCCAACUACGCUGAGGUUUAUGGGUAUUCAGGACAAAAACACAUGUGAUUGAGCAUAUCGUUUUCAUAGAAGUGAUUUCAUCCAAGAGAACAUACUCGUAUUAACUUUUUUUGUUGUUGUUUCCUUGGCAAUUCGAUUUUUAAAAAAUGAGUGAACCAACAAGUGGACAAUUCCAGGACCAGAUGGUUGAGCGGGUCAGGCCCUACAUUGACUUAAUAGACUACCUGAGAUCCAUUGGGAUAGAGAAGGACCUGCCCCUGCCAUCCAUUGCUGUGGUGGGAGACCAGAGUUCAGGAAAGAGCUCUGUGCUUGAGGCCCUAUCUGGGGUGGCACUGCCCAGAGGGAAUGGUAUUGUCACCAGGUGUCCACUGGAACUCAGACUCUGUUAUGUCAGCGGUGUGGCGUGGAAGGCUGUCAUCUCAUACAGAGACAAACGUAUUAAUAUUGGUGACCCCUCAGAAGUCGCGGGACACGUUAAAGAAGCCCAGAACGAGUUAGCAGGAGAGGGAGUGGGGAUAUGUGAUGAACUGAUCAGUUUGAAGAUCAUGUCCUCUUCAGUGUGUGACCUGACUCUGAUAGACUUACCUGGGAUCGCCAGGGUACCAGUACAAGGACAACCAGAAGACAUUGGAGCCCAAAUUAAACAUCUCAUUCUGAAAAUAUUAUCAAAACAAAAAACCAUUAACUUGGUGGUGGUGCCAUGCAAUGUUGACAUAGCAACAACAGAAGCUCUGAAAAUGGCCAAAGAAGUGGAUCCUGAAGGCACAAGAACUCUGGCCAUUCUGACGAAGCCAGACCUGAUUGACAAGGGAACAGAGAAGGACGUGUUGGACAUUGUUCGCAAUAAAAUCAUCCCUCUCAAUAUGGGCUACGUUAUUGUGAAAUGUCGUGGUCAGAAACAAAUUAACGAUGGCGUCACCAUAAAUGACGCCAUUGAGGAGGAGAGGGACUUCUUCGAAAAUCACGACGAAUUCAGCUCCCUCCUGGAUGAAGAAAGGGUAACCACCAAGUGCCUAGCCGCUAGACUCACCCAAACCCUGGUCAACCACAUCCAAAAAUCCAUGCCACAGAUGUCUGAUCAGAUAAAACAGCAGCUGUGGGUUUAUCAGACGGAAUUGACUAAGUAUGAGGGUGGUCCUCCCGUGGAUCCUGUAGGGAAGAGGAAGUACCUUAUUGAGGUGAUAAAACAGUUCAAUUACAAGAUUGAUCAGCUGUGCAGAGGGGAGUUGAAGAACGAUGAAAAUCUAUUCAUUAACAUGCAAAACAUAUUUGCAAAAUGGUUUGAAAAGCUUGGACACUCCAGGGCAGGUUACCACAAAAUGACCCAAGAUGUGGUCAAUGAAUUUGACCAGAAGCACAGAGGACGAGAACUUCCAGGUUUCAAUAACUACACUUUAUUUGAAAGUGUAGUUCAGAAACUGGUGGGGGAACUGAAACAUCCAGCUAUGGACACACUACAGAAAAUCAAAGAUCUGGUGCAGAAGCACUUUUUUGUUGUGUCCAAAAACAGCUUUGAGAAUUAUCCUUGCCUUCAGCGUUUUUCAAUGACCAACAUUGAUGACAUCCAGAAACAGCAGUUAACCACUGUGAUGGACAGGAUCGAGGAGCAGUUUGAGAUGGAGAUGCAGAUGUACACACAGGAUGAAAUCUUUGCCCGAACACUGACGCCAGCACAGAAGGAAACCCCAGGGGAAACCGACUGCUCAGGUUAUGACACCAGGAGCAAGUACCCUGAACUCCUCAAUUCAUACUUUGAGAUCGUGGUGCAGCGACUGGCGGACCAGGUGCCCAUGCUGAUCCGUUACUUCAUCCUGAAGGAGUCAGCCAGGAUCCUGUCCAGUGAGAUGCUGGGCCUGCUGAACAGAGAAGACUUGGACGAGAUGCUGAAGGAGGAAUCAGAGAUUGGCCGGAAACGUGAAGCCUUGAGGGAAAAAGUCAAGCGUCUUGGACUGGCCAAUAACAAGAUCAGUAGCCUCUGGGAUCAGAGUGGUUGACAUUGUGAUGUAACCAACAAGGGCUGAAUAACUGUCCCACAAUCAUUUUACCUGCAAUUAAUCAACAUACAGAAUAUUUGAAAAGAUGGACAUUUUAGUGCUGUUAAAUUUGGGAUUCAGAGCACUGAAAAUGAUAUGCCCAUUGUCACAGAACACAGCUAUACUCUCAAAAGCUCUGGCCUGUUAUACUAUCAUCACAUAUCCGCAAAAUAUUUAAUCUAAAAAUUGACAAAUGAAAGAUGUUAAGACUGAUUUGUCAGUUUUAAUCAUAUCAAAAACAUCGCUGAUGUACAGUAAGUAAACCUUGUAUCUCCAAAAUGUAAACAGCCGUACCAUUAAUGAUCAUACAAGCAACAAAACUUCAGAAGCUAUUUGAGUACAUACUGUGAAAAGGGACUACUUAUAAUUAAUGUAAACAUAUUGGGCAAAAAUUAGAGUCGCAGGGUUUUCUUUUUCGACAGCAACGAAUGGAAAUAAAUGUUGUAUCCCGUCCUUUUCUAAUUGGUCGAAGGGGCAUCAGCAUUGAGAAUAAUGUUAUGAUAGCAUCAUGUAUACUUGAUGCCUGUAAAUAACAACGGUGAAAAUGGACACACUUGUCUGGUUCCUCUUUGCAACUGGAAUGGUUUAGAUGUAUACAUUAGUUAUAUCUGCUGUUUUUUGUAUAUUCAAUUGUAUUCAGUUGAUUAUAAAACAGACCUAUUCCAGGGUGAUUUUAAGGAACAGAGGAGACUCUAGCAGAGCCUAAUAAUGUUGGGUGAACUGCAAUGAAAUAACAAUCGAUUAUUAGUCAAUUGGCUUUCGUUGUGGAAACAUAGUCGGGCUACUCUGCCGUAGUUGUGAUUUUUUUGGGUGUGUGUGUGUGUGUGUGGGGGGGGUCUGAAAUAUCAGGUAAUAUGCUCAUGUUUUGAAAUGGUCUGGAAUACUCAGUCCACAAAGGAUGCUCUGAUUGACUUGUAAAACAGGGAACUAACUAUAAGGGAAGUGGGUAAUACCUGAGAGAGGCUGGGUUGAUAGUGUGAUUUCCUGUCCAUUUAUUAUAGUAUGUGAAUGUGUAUAUAAAAAUUAGAUGUUGCUUCCAAAUGUAUUGUUUAUAUCAAUUGAAUAAAACACAUAAAUAGGC